AUGUUGCCGGAGAAUUUGUUCUUAGAUAUGAAUUUGAUGAGAUACAAAAUACUCAUUGGGAAGCCCUGGAAAUGGUGGACGGUCAGCUAUAAAACUUCAAAGGUAUUGAAACUUGAGCUUGAGAGUGAUAUCUAUUUGAAGCCUGGGGUUCGAAAGUUGAUGAAAGGAGCUGAAGAUUUGUGUUUAUAUGGAUCUAAUGGGCUUGAAAAUGUUCUACAUGGUCAUGAUGGAAGAUCAUUUCUGCAUUUAAGGCAUCUUCAGAUUGAAAGUAACGAUGCUAUUGAGUCCAUUGUUUGGAACUCAGCACAUCAUGAAGCAGCAACAAAUAACAUAUCCAAUAAAAUGUCUGAGUCGCUUUUGAACAAGGUGUUGCUUCCAAAAUUAGAGAUAGUGCGAUUAUCUAAUUCAAUCGGUUUGAUUCCAUUGAUAUGGGAGGACCAACUUUCACACAACUCAUUUAGGAACUUGAAAACAUUGUUUGUGGAAAAUUGUGGCUUUGUGAAAUUGGUGCCCCUUCGUGUGCUGAAAUCUUUAAACAACUUGGAAGAACUAGAAGUUAGGCGCUGUGACAGGUUGGAGUUGGUGUUUGAUUUUGAAGACUUGAAUGAUUAUAAAGAGGCGGAGUCAUCAUCAGUGAUUGUGCCACUGAAAAAGUUAACGCUAUGUGGAUUGCGAAAAUUAAAGAAUGUGUGGAGCAAUUACUAUGAAGGAGAUGUCUCCUUCCCAAGUCUAAGGAGCGUGCGUGUUUCCUAUUGUGAAAGCCUCACUAGUCUGUUUCCUGCAUCUAUAGCCAAAGGCAUGCUUUGUGAUCUUGAAGAGCUUCGAAUAAGUGAUUGUGGUAUAGGGGUGAUUGUUGCAAAAGAUCAAGUUUCAGAAUCUAUUGCUCCUCUGUUGAAGUUUCCCAAGUUGACUUUCCUUGAGCUUUCUUCGCUUAGAAAUUUGAGGAAUUUCUAUCCACAGAGACACACAUUAGAAUGGCCACAUCUUUAUCGAUUAUCUAUUGAAGGUUGUGAUGAAUUGGAGAUAUUUGAAAAGGAGGUCUCAAGUUCAUUAGAAAUACAUGAGGAAGGGAGCUCAUUAGGCUCAAAAUAUCCUCUACUAUCCUAUGACAAGGUCACUCAUAAUUUGGAGGAGUUGACAUUGUGGGGUAAAGGAGCUGAGAUGAUAGGGAGUGGCCAGCUUUCAACGUAUCGCUUCCCCAAAGUAAAGCUGCUUCAUCUAUAUGUUGGUGAUAAAGCAACGACUAUUUCAUACAAAUUGUUGAAGAGCUUUCCAAAUUUAGAGGAGCUGACACUGUGGGGUCACAUUAAGAAGGCUUCUGGAGGGGAUGAUGUUCCUCUUCCAAUAAAAUUGACUCUUCGGGUUAUUCACAAUAUCACGAGCUUGGUACCACUCUUAGUUUCUUCACCAAAUCUCACACAUCUGUGCGUGGCAUCUUGUUAUGAGUUGACCACUUUGAUGACGUCAUCAGUUGCUCGAAGCUUGGUCCAUCUCACAAGUCUCUCAAUUAGUUGGUGCUCUAACAUAAAGGAAAUUAUAUGGAAGCAGGAAGGAGAGGAUGAUGACGAUGAGGAAGUCAUUUUCAGCAAGUUGCAGCAUUUGAAAGUUGAAGGGUUACGAGAAUUGAAGAGAUUUUGCCGCUACAAUUAUACUUUCAGAUUUCCGUUAUUGGAACAGCUGAUCACAACAGAAUGUCCGAAAUUCAAAGUAUUCUCUCCAGGACUCAUUGACACACCAUCUCUUAAAAGCGUUCUACUGUCACAAGAUAGGUAUGGAGAACAUGAAAUUUGGGACACCAAUCUUAACAAAACAUUCUACCAACAGAGAUUUGUGGCAUCAAUAAAGAUGGUGUUAGAUGAGUAUGAUGUCAGCAUGAUAAGGAAUGACCAAUUUCCAGCGGAUUGUUUUGCUCAAAUGGAAAUUCUGGGCAUAGAAGGAUUUGAUGAUGAAGGGGCAACAUUUCCGUAUACAAUGCUUGAAAGAUUUCCGCGGCUGACUGAGCUUCGUGUGGAGGAUAGUUCUUUCGAGGAGAUAUUCCCAUCACCCAUUGUUCAUCAAAUUCAACAACUUCAUAAUUUGACAGUGCUAAAUGUGUGGAGUCACAUUCAGCGCGUUGAGAAGAUUAGAACUCAGUAG